AUGCCACCCCAAGGACGAUCAGCUCCGGCCGUGCCAGUUCUCGAUUGGACAAGGCCUCGUGAGAAGAGGCCGGGUCACCUGCCCGUCGACAUGCUUUCGUUUCCAAGGUUUACUUCCAUCAAACCUUGUCCCCCGGGUGGGAAUCCCGGCCGCGACGCUGCUGACAGCCUGACAGGGCGAAGCUUGACACGGGCCUUUGGGGAAAGGGCCGGCGUCCAGGAAGGCGAUCCCACGAUCACCGCACCGCAGAUCACUGCGUGGAACUUACCUGGUUACCACAGAACACCGUGUGCAGCACGCAGCGCAGCCACAGCUGACGAGAUAUUGUGGCCGUGUGCCGUGGCCAUCGAGAUAGAGACCCAGAGCAGGAACAGGAGCUGGAGCAGGAGCAUUACCACACCCAUCCGCAGCGCGCCCAGCAGGCCGGGCGGGUGCGUGGAAGGGCCGUCGCAAACGAGUCUUGAAACAACGAAUCACGAAAUGCGCCGUUCCGCCCUGGCAACCCCUGGGUGA